AUGCUCGGGACCCUCGGGCUGGCCCUGCUGGCUCUGCUCCGCGCCGUGGGCCCCAGCCAGGCCAGUGGCUUCACAGAGAAAGGCCUGUCCUUGCUGGGCUACCAGCUGUGCAACUACAGCGUGACCCAGAAUGUCCAGAAGGUGGAGGCCGUCCAGCUGUCCCAAGCGACCUACGCCCCCUGCGGCGGGUGGAUCCCCUGGAGGCGGUGCCCCAAGACCGUUUACAGGACCCGGUACCUGGCAGUGGACGUCCCCGCGUCCAGGAACGUGACCGACUGCUGUGAGGGCUACGAGCAGCUGGGCCUGUACUGCGUCCUGCCCCUGAAUCGGUCCUCAGAGUUUGCAUCGAGACCCGGGGUCUGCCCCACGGUGGGGCCAGAGGCACCCACCUCGCCCUGCACCCUGGACGCCGACUGCCCUGGACUUCAGAAAUGCUGCCCCUGGUCGGGGGGCCACCGCUGCAUGGUUCCCGCACCCCAAGGUAGGACUGAGAUCCCAGCGCGUUCCUGGUACAAUGUGACCAGCCUGGUGAAAAUGGACUUCAGGGAACUCCGGCAGGUGGACCCCAGUCUCCUGCAUCACAUGCGGCUCCUACAUUCCAUGGUCACGGGUGCCCUGCGGCCGAUGGAAGCCACUGUCUACCACCUGCACUCGGCCUGUGGGGACACCUCGACCACAGUAUCCCAGCUGCUGCUGGGCCUGCCGCGGCCGGUGCCUGUGGCCAACGUCUCUGCGAUGCUGGAUGGCGUCGUGAAGCGCAUCUAUGAAGUGGUCAGCCUGCAGGUGCAAGACCUGAACGAAUGCUCGCAUGAGGAACUCAAUGCCUGCGCUGAAGGGGAGCUGUGUUUGAACCUGGAGGGCUCGUACCAGUGUGUCAGCCACCCGGAGUCGCUGACCUCGUCCCCCCAGAAGCCAAACUGCACGUGCGAAGAUUGUGACCCUCUCAUCGUCGAAGAUUACAUGGCCCUGAGUGUCACCAGCAGCAGCUUUCAAGUGUCCUGGAGCUUCAACUCCACCCGGAAGCGCACCUUCCACGUGCAGGUUUACAGGGGCGAGGAGCUGCUCAGGAGUGCCUGGACCCAGGGGACGACCCUGGACGUGGCUGGGCUGGAGGCCGGGGUGCUGUAUGGGGUGAGGACCAGCUACCAGGCAUGCGGGACCAACGUCACCGCCCGGCUGACCGUCAAAACCGAUGCCCGGGUGUUCGAAGUCACCGUGACGAUCCUGAACCACAGCGUGGCCGAGACGCUGCUGAGCCCCGGCAGCCUCGAGCACCAGCGCUUCUCCGAACGGCUGCUCCACGAGGUUCAAGGUUCCCUUCCGCCGGCCGUGUCCGACCUGUACAGGCGAGGGAAGCUGAGGCUCCAGAUCGUGUCUCUCCAGGCUGGAGGCCUGGUCGUGAAGCUCAAGGUGACGGUGCAGGACCCCGAGUUCCCGGUGGGCGUCUCCACGCUGGCCCCCAUGCUCCCACUGCUGUGGGCCAGCAGAGAGUUCCAGAUCGACCAGCAGGGCACAUUAGUGCAAGAUUGGGACGAGUGCGCCGACGGACUGGAGCAUGACUGCUCAGCGGCCGCCCAGUGCAUCAACCUGGAGGGCUCCUACACCUGCCGCUGCCUGACGGCCAGGGACGCCAACCCCUCCCGAGCAGGCCGGGCCUGUGCUGGUGACAUGGUGAGCCCCACAGGCGAUGCACUGGCCCCGAUGAUGGAGGUGACAGUUCCAGCUCUCAGCACAGAACCAGCAGCCCCUGGCCCAGAGAGCCCCACCUCAUCACCCAGCCCCGAGCACCUGAGGGGUCUCCCUGCAGCAAGCCAGGCCCAGACCCCAGAGGCCCAGCCCAGGACAGGUGGCAGUAGCAUGGUCGGACAGGACAGGAACGGCACCGGGCAGGACACGGAGGAGGGUGUGCACGGCAACUCCACUACAGAGCCUCCCGCCCGGCCCACCCCUGCUGAGGGCCCAACAGGACACACCAUGUGGCAGGCCAGCCUGCCCACGUGGGGCACACUGCCAGCACCUCUGGAGCCCACGCGGCCACAGGACGCAGACCCUGGACCCUCUGGCUCCCCAGACCUGCCCUUGGCCCCCAGCCCCAUGUCUCCGGAGAUCCCAGCCUGUGUUCCCGCCCCCGUCGGAAAGGUCACCGUCUCCAACGUGACCGGCACCGGUUUCCACGUGGCGUGGGCGGCGGAUCUCGCCUUGCGGCCCACUUUCCAGCUCACGCUGACGACCACGCGGAGGCCCGCCGUGCGCUUGCAGACCCGGAACGCGAGUCUGGCGCUCUGGGGCCUGGAGCCUGGCGUCCUGCACCGGGUUGACAUAGUGGCCAAAGCGUGCGGGAAGGAAAGUGCCAGCACACGCCUGAGAGUGAGGACAGCGGCCCGGAAGCUCAGUGGACAAGUCAGAAUAACAAACGUCCGGUAUUCAGAAGCCUUUGCCGACACCAGCAGCAAGGAGGCCCAGGGCUUCCUGGAGCUGUUCUUUAGGGUGGUGCGGGAUUCCUUGCCGGCCACCAUGCGCCAGCACCUGGACACGGGCGGGGUGCAGGUGGAAGUGGCCCGCAUCGCCAACGGCAGCGUCGUGGUCGAGUUUCACCUGCUGAUCGUCUUGGACGUGGGCAAAAUCGAGAUGCCUCCCGUCUCCGGAGCUCUCCAGGACGGGCCACCUUUGUUGCCAUGUGAUGAUUAUGACGAGUGUGCAAGGAGGGAGGACGACUGUGAACCAGGCUCGUCCUGUCUCAACACCCUCGGAUCCUUCACUUGCCGCUGUGUGGGCGGAACCUCCGACCUCCCCGUAGAAUAUUCUGGAAGACCCUGUGAAGGUGACUCUUCUGACAACACAACCCAGGCCCCCAGGUCCUCUCUGGCUCCUGGCCUGGAGCAAUCCCCCAGCCCAGCGGAAACGAGGGCGGCCAGCCCGGCCCCCCAGGGCGUGCUCCCGCGGCUGAGCCUGGCCGGCGCGGUCAGGGUGCUGUGCGAGAUCGAGAAGGUGGCCAUCGCCGUGCAGAGGCGCUUCCUGCAGCAGGAGUCCAUCCCCGAGUCGUCCCUGUACCUGGGCCAGCCGUCCUGCGGUGUGAGCGACAGCAACAGCACACACGUGUUCCUGGCGGCCGGAUGGAGCGAGUGCGGGACCCUGGUGCAAAGCAACAUGACAGACACGGUGGUGAGGACGACGCUGAGGAACGACCUGUCCCCAGACGGGAUCGUCCACCACCUGAAGAUCCUGAGUCCCAUCCGCUGUGCCUUCCGCAACGACCUCCUCACGUCCUCCGGCUACAUGCCGGAGUGGGGGGUCUACACCAUCAUCGAGGACCUCCACGGCGCUGGAAGUUUUGUCACCGAAAUGCAGUUGUUUAUCGGAGACGCUCCUAUCCCACGGAAUUACAGCGUGUCUGCCAGCGACGAUGUCAAGAUCGAGGUCGGGCUGUCCACACGGAAAAGCAACCUCAAGGUGGUCCUGACCGAAUGCUGGGCCACGCCGUCCAGCGAUGCCCUGGACCCGGUCAUGUUCGGCUUCAUUAACAACAGCUGCCCCAUCCCCAACACGCACACGUGCGUGAUCGAGAACGGGAGCUCCAGCAAGGCCCAGUUCAAGCUGAAGAUCUUCUCCUUCAUCAACAGCUCCAGAGUGUACCUGCACUGCAGGCUCCGCGUCUGCAUGGAGGCCCCGGGCAGCUCGUGCAGAAUCAAUUGCGAAGACUUUCGGUCGCUGAGAAGUGGUGAGCCACCCGCAACACACCUGACAUCCUGGGGACCCCUCGUGCGGUCUGACGGUGAGCCUCCAGCCGCGAAGCCAGGGCUGGCGCCCAGCUCUGUCGUCCUCAUCGUGGUGGCCGUCUUCGCCUUGGUGACGGGGGCAGCCGCCCUGGUCAUCGCACGCUACCAGCGCGUGACCGGAAAGUACAACUGCAAAGCCCAGGCGGACGACUUCAGCUACCAGGUGUUCUAUGACUGA